AGUUAGAAAUAAGAGGUCCAGCUGCAGGACUUGUGUAGCAGUGACUGUGCUGCGUAGGCAAAAAGUUGCCGGGCGCGCUGUUAAGCGAAUUUGGUACAAAGCUUAUCUCCUUCCCACCUUUACCCCGCCACGCUUGGCGCGCUAAGACCACCAUCAUGGCCUCGUCUAUGGGACGGGCACUGCAGCCCGGCAUGUCCGGCGCGCAGCGCAGCGUCCGAAAGGGCGCGAACAGGAUCCGCGGUGCCCAGGGGCCCCGCACCGUUCCUCUGCUGGGCCUGAAGGCGCUGCGUAAGGAGGACGCGGAGCUGCUGAAGGAGGCUGAGUCGUACAUGUCGCCUGAGGAGCACGCCGAGCUGCGCCGCCUGCUGGAGGAGAACCAGCGGCUGCGCCAGGUUGUGACCACCAGCGCCAGCCAGAUGUCGGCGCAGCAGCUGGAGCGCUUCACGGCCGAGUACAGCAACCUGGCGGCGGCGGCGGAGCAGGCGGGGCUGGCGGUGGACCAGCAGCUCAAGCAGCAGAUCACGGCGCCCCAGGCCGCCUCCGCCUCGCGCUCGUCCGCCGCCUCCAGCACCGGCCGCUUCGAGGCCGCGGCCGGCGGCAGCGGCUACGGCUACGGCCGCUCCAGCGUGUCCGUGCUUGUGGCAGAGCCGCCCUCUGCGCCGCCCGCCGCCGCCUCGCCGCCCUCGUACGGCGCCUCCGGCUCGGGCGGCGGCGGCGGCGGCUCGCCCAAGGGCGGCGCCACGGCGUUCGAGGUGUCCAGCCGCGACUACGCCAAAGACAUGGCCAGCCUGAGUGUGGAGCUGGACGCCACCAUUGACGACGAGGAGGAGGAGGCGCCGCCGCGCCAGGUGCCGGAGGCUUCCACGCGCACCCAGCCCUACGCGGCCGCCGCCAGCCGUUUCGAGGCGCUGCUGUCCGAACGUCGCCCCGCCGGCGCCACCGUGAACGGUGCACAGGCACAGAUGCUGGAGGCCCGAGAGAAGAAGGCGGCGUCGUCUUCGUCGUCGGCCGGCGGCGUGAACGGCGCAGCCGUGAACGGCGCCGCGGCCGCGGACGAGCAGGCGGCGAAGGAGGCCGCGCGCGCGGCGGCGGUGGCGGAGGUGGAGGGCCACCGCGCUGUGGACGUGGUGGCGGGCCGCGAGCACUGGAUGAUCAUCACGGUGCCUGAGAAGCCGGUGGCGGGCGCGCCGCUGCAGAUGUACUUCAACCGCAACCAGAGCGAGAAGCUCAGGAACCGGCCCCACAUCGUGAUGCAGUACGGCUUCAACCACUGGGAGCUGCAGCCCGAGGCCGGCAACAGCCUGGACCUGUUCCCCGCGCCCACGCCCAAGUCGGACGUCACGGACUUCUGGACGUGCCGCAUGCAGGUGCCUGAGGAGACGUACGAGCUCAACUUCAUCCUGCACGACAAGGCCGGCGCCUACGAGAACAACAACGGCAUGGACUUCACCUACCCGGUGGAGGCCGGCAUUGACUACGACACCUGGGUGGACACAGCGGCGGAGCGCAUCGUGGCCAAGGAGCUGGCGCGCCGGGAGGCGGAGGCCAAGGCCGCUGAGGAGGAGCGCAAGGCAGCGGAGGCGGCCAUGGAGGAGCAGGCCAAGGAGUUUGGGGAGAGGAAGGCGGCGGAGCUUAAGAACAACCUGGGCAGCCUGCAGGAGGGCGGCACGGCGGCGCUGCUGCGCAACGGCGUGCCUGUCUACAAGGUGACGCCGGCGCUGCCCGUGGCGGGCGGCAAGGCGGUGGUGCAGUACAACCGCAGGGGCGGCUCCUUCCACGCCUUCCCCAUCCCCGAGGGCGAGUCCGUGAAGCUGCUGUACGGCUUCAACGGCUGGCAGGAGAGCGGCAAGGCGGCCAUGACCCGGGUGCCCGUGCCCGCCAAGCCCGCGGCCGGCGCCGAGGACGAGGAGUGGUGGGAGGUGGAGGUGGACAUCCCCAACAUCGCCGUGGCCAUGAACUUCGUGUUCAACUACUACGAGCACUACGACAACAACGGCAAGGCCGACUACAAGGCCAAGGUGGGUCUGCCGGCCGGCACCACCCUGGAGGCCUGGGCGGCGGGGCUGGGCGAGCAGUACCGCGUCAUGGAGCUGGCCAAGCGGCGGGCGGAGCGGGCGGAGAAGGAGGAGAGGCAGCGCCGUGCUGAUGAGAAGAAGAAGCUGGCCCAGGACCUGGUGAAGGCCGUCGAGCGGCGCAAGGUGCGUCACGUGUUGUACACGGUGCCCGAGGUGGUGGAGGCGGGCGAGGAGGUGACCAUCUACUACAACCCGCGCGACACGCCGCUCAACGGCCGCCAGCAGCUCUACCUCAUGGGCGGCUGGAACCGCUGGACGCACAAGCGCUCGUUCGGCCCCGUGGCCAUGCACCCGCCGGAGGCGGGCGGCGAGCACUGGCAGGCCACUGUCAUGGUGCCCAAGGACGCCUACAAGAUGGACUUUGUGUUUGCGGACGUGGCGGGCGGCGACGGCACGUACGACAACCGCGGCGGCUUUGACUACCACCUGCCUGUGGAGGGCAGCCCGGUGCGCGAGAGCCCGCUGUACGUGGCGCACAUUGCGGUGGAGAUGGCGCCCAUCGCCAAGGUGGGCGGCCUGGGCGACGUGGUGACGGCCCUUGGCCGCGCCGUGAAGGACCAGGGCCACAUCGUGGAGGUCAUCCUGCCCCGCUACGAGUUCUUCCUGCACUCGCCCGUGCUGCAAGGCCAGCUCAAGUACGAGACGGAGUUUGACUGGGGCGGCACCCGCAUCUACGUGACCACCGCGGUGGUGGAGAACCUGCGCGUGUUCUUCAUCGAGCCCAAGAACGGCUUCUUCGCUACGCCCACCGUCUACGGCCGCUACGACGACGAGGUGCGCUUUGACUUCUUCUGCAAGGCGGCGCUGGAGUUCCUGCUCAAGACCGGCCGCCAGCCCGACAUCCUGCACUGCCACGACUGGUCCACGGCGCACGUGGCGCAGUCCUACUGGAGUGACUACCACCCGUACGGCCUGCACAAGCCGCGGGUCAUCUUCACCAUCCACAACCUCAACUACGGCCAGAAGAAGAUCGGCGAGGCCGCACACGCCUGCCAGAAGUUCACCACCGUGUCGCCUACUUACGCAUACGAGGUCGGCGGCGCGCCCAUCAUCGCGCCGCACGGGCACAAGUUCAUGGGCAUCCGCAAUGGCAUCGACCCCGAGCUGUGGAGCCCGGAGGAGAACAUCUUCCUGCCCGUCAAGUACAGCUCGGAGGACGUGGUGGAGGGCAAGAAGGCGGCGCGCGCCGCGCUGCGCCAGCGCCUCAACCUCACGGGCUGGAACGACAAGUUCAUCGUGGCGGUGGUGUCGCGCCUGACGGGCCAGAAGGGCGUGCCGUUGAUCAAGCACGCCGCCUACCGCGCCAUCGAGCGCGGCGGCCAAUUCGUGCUGCUGGGCUCCGCGCCCGACCCCAAGGUACAGGCGGACUUCAACGCCCUGGCCCAGUCCAUGGGCGGCCAGGACGCGGCGUUCUGCUUCAAGUACGACGAGCCGCUGAGCCACCUCAUCUACGCCGCCGCCGACAUGAUCGUGGUGCCGUCCAUGUUCGAGCCCUGCGGCCUGACGCAGAUGAUCGCCAUGCGCUACGGCACCGUGCCCAUCGUGCGCCACACCGGCGGCCUGCGCGACACCGUGUUCGACGUGGACUUUGACAAGGAGCGCGCCGCCUGGGAGCUGUACGGCAGCAGCGACUGGCAGCGCGACGGCAUCGACGCCACCAACGGCUUCGCGUUCACGGGCACUGACGGCGGCGCGCUGGACUACGCCAUGAACCGCGCCAUCGACGCCUGGUACAACGACCGCGCCUGGUUCCACAGCCUGCAGCGCCGCAUCAUGGAGCAGGACUGGAGCUGGAACCGCCCAGCCAUCGACUACAUCGAGCUCUACUUCUCAGCGCUGAAGGCGUAAGGCGGAAGGCGUUUGCGCGGCUGCAUGUGAGAGGGAGGGAGCGCAGAGAAAGGAGGCAAGGGGCGGGGCCGUAAGAGAGCGAGAUGGGGGAAGGGGGGCCGCUCCGCGGCUUGCAGAGGGUUGGGCGGAGGGAUGCGCUCGUGAUGGCGGCGGGGCCGGUUUGGAGGGCAUGGCGCAUGUGGGUGCGUGUGUGUGGUUGCACAUUGGACGGGUUGUGUGCUUGUGCAAUGCGUCAGUUGCGUUGUGUGGAGGACGGUAGCACUGGUUGAGGUGAAUGAAAGCAAGUUGGUGGCGGCGGCGGCGGCCUGGUGCUGCGCCGCCGAGUUGUGUGUGAGGGAGCGAAUUGUGGGCGGGGCUGAUCCCUGCCUUCCUGCACCUGCACCUGUACAUGUAUGUGCCUUCGUCGAUUUUGAUGGAGCAGGCGGCAAGUCCGUGUCGCCUGCGCUGUAACCGUUUGGGCCCGCCACCCGCAGGCGGUGUAUGCAAGUAGAGUUCAGACGUGACAGGUGUUUUUGCUGAUAAGAAGACGCGCACCUGCCGCAGACACGCAAAGGGUUCAAAUUUUGCUUGAUUUGGUGCGCGUGCGUGCGCAUUUGGCAUGGUGAGGUGAAGUCAGCGGUCAACGGUGCUUCUAAUGCCACCCUGUCCUUCGGGUGCGCGUUGGGGGUCGCCGGUAUUGCUGCUGUCGCUGCCUUGUCAUCGCUCUAGUCCUCUCUUUCUCUCCAUCUUUGUCGUGGUGACACUGCUUGGUGCACCGGGGCACGAGCCUGAGGCUUGGAUUCAGGAAUGCGCGUGUGCGAUCGCUGCUCCAGUAGGUGCAGGUGAUGAGGAGAGAUGCUGUUUUGACAUGGGCACGCACACGAUUGUGGUCGUACCGACCAUGGGACGAGGCGUAGUGUUUGUUGACACAAGAGAGGCUGCUGGGUCGGCGGCUGGGAGCCGUGCAGGCUCCGACGCCAGACCCAUGCAAAGCCCGGGGCGCAUAAGAUUUUUAAGUUUUUGCCCCAGGAACGGAGAGAAGAACAAAGCGCAAAGAAAGCAGGAAGGAGUUGCAGAUACCGCUGCAGUUUUGCAUGGAGGUCGGAGGCAGUGGAGCUUGGGAGGCAGGGGCUUGGGUGACGGGUGUCACGUGUCGGUGUUUGUGACGUGUAGAGGAAGGUUGGGCGUCCUGUGAUAAAGCAUUGUGUGGUCCCCCCGUGAAAGCCCGGGUGUGCGUACUUGAGGUGUGCGUUUGUGGACGGAGCUCUGCAUAUUCUUUGCCCGGCCUGCAGGGGGGCCGUGCAGGGUGGUGAGAGUGACUGCUGCGCGUGGGUGUGUGCUCACCGCACCCGCCCGGUCUGCGCACGUCCUCAGCGUCCCUGUGCGGUGACGGUGCCCUGAGGCCGGCGCUUCACGCCGGCGAUGAAUGUGUGCAUGCAAAAGCUUUCUUGAGCCGCGGCCAGGGGGCAUGCCGGUCCGCGUGCGAGGGCCCUGUAAUACACUUGGAAC